AUGGGCCUCGUUCUAAGUUUCAAGAAGAUAAGCCUUCUUAUUCUCCUCAUUUGUGCUGCUAUUUUUCACACCUCUUUUGCAGGUUCAGGUUCUGUGGCGUCACAAGAAGCGCUCAGUACAACCCAUCAUGAGGAAAAACAAUCGUCUGAAGCUAUACGUCAUGACGAUGAAGUUAGCGAAAUCCAUGAAAGGCUCCUCAAAGUGAAAACAAACGAUUAUGGAAGAUAUGAUCCAACUCCAUCCAUGUCCAAGCCUCCCUUCAAGCUUAUUCCCAAUUAA